UAUUUUUAUUAUGUUUAUAGGUAUCCGUUUCUCGAUGGACGUUUCACGAGACGAAGUUAAGGCCCUGUCGGCCUUGAUGACAUUCAAAUGUGCGUGCGUCGACGUACCAUUCGGCGGCGCAAAAGCUGGAAUCAAAAUAAAUCCAAAGAACUAUUCAGAGCACGAAUUGGAGAAAAUUACCAGGAGAUUUACGUUGGAAUUAGCGAAGAAAGGAUUCAUCGGUCCUGGAGUUGAUGUUCCUGCUCCUGAUAUGGGCACUGGCGAACGGGAAAUGUCUUGGAUAGCUGAUACUUACGCGAAAACUAUCGGCCAUCUCGAUAUCAAUGCUCAUGCUUGUGUCACUGGCAAACCCAUUAAUCAGGGUGGCAUUCAUGGCCGCAUUUCCGCGACGGGACGUGGAGUGUUCCAUGGAUUAGAAAAUUUCAUCAACGAAGCUAACUAUAUGAGUAUGAUCGGUACUACGCCUGGCUGGGGAGGCAAAACAUUCAUACUCCAAGGUUUCGGUAAUGUCGGAUUGCACUCUAUGCGUUAUUUACACCGUGCGGGCGCUGCAUGCAUAGGUGUGAUCGAACAUGAUGGAUCUAUUUGUAAUCCAGAAGGUAUCGAUCCAAAAGAAUUGGAAGAAUACCGCAUAGAAAAUGGUACUAUUGUUGGUUUUCCUGGAGCCAAGCCAUACGAAGGCGAAAAUCUCAUGUACGAGCCGUGUGAUAUAUUUAUACCCGCUGCUAUAGAGAAAGUAAUUACCAAAGAGAAUGCCGGACGCAUCGAGGCAAAGAUUAUUGCGGAGGCUGCUAAUGGACCGACUACUCCUGCCGCAGACAAGAUUCUGAUCGAUAGGAAUAUUCUUGUAAUUCCAGAUUUGUACAUUAAUGCCGGUGGUGUCACAGUUUCAUUCUUUGAGUGGUUAAAGAACUUGAAUCACGUGUCG